AUGAAGAGCUUCCUGAUUUGUAUUUUCUUGGGAGCGACGGCCUCAGUGUCUGGACACGGGAGUCGGAUCGUGAACGGCAAACCGGCGGCAGACCACGAGUUCCCGGCGCUGGCGUCGCUGCACGUGAACGGCAGCCACUACUGCGGCGCCAACGUGCUCUCCCAGAACUGGCUGGUCACCGCCGCACACUGCGUCAAGACCAGCGUACCGUCUGAGCAGUACAUACUGGCCGGCACAAACUCACAGACCAGUGGAGGCUCCAUCCACCAAGUGGAGCAGAACAUCGUACACGUGAACUAUACUGGUCAAGUGGACUCAUCUGCAGAUAUAGCAUUGCUGAGGGUGUCUCCUCCGCUAGCUCUGGAUGGAGUGACCGUUUCCACAGUGAAGCUGCCGGCGCAGGGACAGGAGAUAGAAGACGGGGCGAAUGCAGUCGCUGCUGGUUGGGGCAAACUGUCGAGUGAUUACGGGAACGACACGCUGGCGCCAUGGCUUCAGAAAACCAACUUAACAAUCGUGAACAACCAGGAAUGUCAGAAAGACUACAGUUUUAAUCUCAUCCUGCCAGAGCACGUUUGCGCGGGAGACCGUUAUUCCGGGAUUUGUGGUGGUGAUUCUGGAGGACCUCUUUAUGUGAACGAGCAGCUCGUGGGCCUGGUUUCCUUUUCUCGGUACUGUUCAGGCCUCACACCACCGAGCGUCUACACCAGGGUCCCAGUGUUUGUCGACUGGAUCAAAGAAAACGCACAGUAGUGGAUCGCCUUCAAAAAUAAAUAAAGGAAAAUCAU